AUGUCGAAGCGAGGUAACGCGCAGCUUCCUUCUACUGUGGCUUCUUCUCUCUUCGCCUAGGGUUCUUAUCUUCUUCCUUCUGAGGAGCUCAGAUCUACGGAGAAUUGACUGAGAUUGAUGAGACAUACGCUUCUCCGCGUGUCUAGGGCCGUUCCACAGAUCGGAGUUUCCCCGGUAGAAGAUUAUUAUCCAGCUAGGUUGGGGAGGGAGGGGGGGAACAAUCGUCUCCACCUCCCCUGUGUGAUCACGCGGAUAUAGCAGAUCUGAUCAAUUUGAUGUCCUUGUUUUUUUUCCAUGAAGGGCGUGGAGGUUCGUCCGGGAACAAGUUCCGGAUGUCGCUGGGUCUGCCUGUCGCCGCCACGGUGAACUGUGCGGACAACACGGGCGCGAAGAACCUCUACAUUAUUUCCGUCAAGGGGAUCAAGGGCCGCCUGAAUCGUCUCCCUUCUGCCUGCGUCGGAGACAUGGUGAUGGCCACUGUCAAGAAGGGGAAGCCCGAUCUGAGGAAGAAGGUCAUGCCCGCCGUCAUCGUCAGGCAGAGGAAGCCCUGGCGCAGAAAGGAUGGCGUUUACAUGUAUUUUGAAGGUAAUCCGGCUCUCCAAUGUCUUCUCAUCUCCCCUCCAACUGAACUCUAGCCAUCGACAUUAUAGUAUGUAUACUCACGUCUUGCAUCAGAGCAAUCAUUUUGAGACAAUUUCAUGCUGAUAUAAACCCCUCAUAAGCAAGCAGCACAGCUUCCGAACGUCGAUCGGUUCCAUCUCGCCGACUUCCAUUGUUUCCCCGAUGCAGCAGCUUGUGGUCUGGUUUUCCUCGUAUUGUCUCUGGGUGCGGAGGAUCUCUUGCGUUUUCUCCCGAGAUUUGUAGGAUUGCGACGUUUGCUAGAUCAGAACGCGCUACAGAAAUUAUGGACCCGGAUUUAUUUUGCUCGUGUAAUCAUCGCAUUUUUUUCCUCCCUGUUCUUCGCCGAUCGGCCAGUGAUGAAAAUGGGUUGUCAAUCUCACGACGGUCAUCUGAGACGCUCUGUUUACUGGGUGUCCGUGUUGAUGCAAAGAUCCUAGAUUUCCUGAUGGCCGAGCUCCCCCAUUUAUGGCCCAUCUGAUAGAUUUUCCCACCAUGAUCCAUCACCUUGGAUCAUACUAUCAGGCCGAAAUUAUUUGCCUUUUGUGGCAAAUAAUUUAUCUUUCCGUGUUUUUCACCAAGCUAUUUUAAUGGUUAUUCGUCGAAUGUUCUUCGUCUUGAACUGCCCUUCUGAAUGUUCUCUCCACCCAUCUGAUCCGUGUGCAGACAACGCUGGAGUGAUCGUCAACCCAAAAGGAGAAAUGAAAGGUCUGCUGGGCCCUAAACCCUGAACCCACACUAAAUCUUUUAAAUUCUCUAUCUCUCGCUCGGAUGACCCUCUUCAUGUGAUGGUUGACCCAAGCGCGACGUUGACUUGCUCUCAGGAUCUGCCAUCACGGGGCCCAUUGGGAAGGAGUGCGCCGACCUGUGGCCGAGGAUCGCCAGCGCCGCCAACGCCAUCGUGUGA